UUGCAUUUAAGAUACUUUAAGAAAAAACAAUAUUGCAGAAAUGUACUCAAUACUUUAAUUUUAUAAAUAAAACAACAACAAUACUACUAUUAACAAAAACAACCAUAAAGAAAUGAGAUUUAAAAAAACUUUAACAUUUAAUAUACUUAAAGAAAUAAUAAUAGUAUUUGAGUGUUUACACGUUGACGUCAUCGCGUGUGUUGGUGUGUGUGACGGGACCAGGCCGGUGACGUUUCAUGACAGCCUCUCCGCCGCCGCAGUGCAUUCUGGGUGCAACCCAAGAUGGCAGCGCCCUUGCCGAAGUGCUGAACAAGUGCCUCUCCGGAGAAAUUCUUGGGGUUUGUUUUGCGAUUUACGAGAAAACCACCGCGCGGUCGACCCCCGGGGCCCGCCGGUUCGCAGCAGAAGUCCCCCACGACGGAUACGGGUGGCCGGCGCGCGGCGUGGCUGUGGCAGACUGUGCGCGUGAAGAUGGGCCUCGUCUCCAGAGCCUUCCCGUAGCGGAGAGCCGUGGGGACCGGAGCCGCACAUUCCCCUGCACGCACGCGCCCGUCCAGCUCGGGCUCCACGGGUUCGACAUCCUCUACCGGCUCUGGACGCUUCCGUACCAUUUUCUGACCCGGAUUGUUCGCGCCACCGUGUCCAUCAUCGUCCGGAGACGCAGAGGUUCCGCAGCCCGGGUCGACCACCCCUCCGCACUCAGGGCUCUGAUGAAGAUGGACUCUGACUUGCUCCUCUCUCCGGCCGCCGGCCUCGCGGAGGAGGAGGAGGCCGACAUGGACGACUGGAAGCUUCCGCUGGCCUUCAUGAAGAAACGCCACUGUGAGAAGAUCGAGGGCUCCAAGGCUCUGGCGCAGAGCUGGAGGAUGAAGGACCGGAUGAAGACGGUGAGCGUGGCCCUGGUGCUGUGUCUCAACGUGGGAGUGGACCCCCCCGACGUGGUCAAGACCUCCCCCUGCGCCAGGCUGGAGUGCUGGAUAGAUCCUCUGUCCAUGAGCCCACAGAAAGCUCUGGAGACCAUCGGGGCCAACCUGCAGAAGCAAUAUGAGAACUGGCAACCCCGGGCGCGUUACAAACAGAGUCUGGACCCCACGGUGGACGAGGUGAAGAAGCUGUGCAUGUCGCUGAGGCGCAACGCCAAAGAGGAGCGAGUCCUCUUCCACUACAACGGCCACGGGGUGCCGCGGCCCACCGUCAACGGAGAGAUCUGGGUCUUUAACAAGAACUACACCCAGUACAUCCCUCUCUCCAUCUACGACCUCCAGACGUGGAUGGGCAGUCCGUCCAUCUUCGUGUACGACUGCUCCAACGCGGGAAUCAUCGUCAAGUCCUUCAAGCAGUUCGCCCUGCAGAGGGAGCAGGAGCUGGAGGUCGCGGCCAUCAACCCGAGCCACCCGCUCGCCCAGAUGCCGCUGCCACCCUCCAUGAAGAACUGCAUCCAGCUGGCGGCCUGCGAGGCCAGCGAGCUGCUGCCCAUGAACCCCGACCUCCCCGCCGACCUCUUCACCUCCUGCCUCACCACGCCCAUCAAGAUCGCCCUCAGAUGGUUCUGCAUGCAGAAGAGCUCCACGCUGGUGCCGGGCGUCACGCUGGACCUCAUCGAGAAGAUCCCCGGCAGGCUCAACGACAGGCGGACCCCCCUCGGGGAACUCAACUGGAUCUUCACUGCCAUCACCGACACGAUCGCCUGGAACGUGCUGCCCAGAGAUCUGUUCCAGAAGUUGUUCCGCCAGGACCUUCUGGUCGCCAGCCUGUUCCGUAACUUCCUGCUGGCGGAGAGGAUCAUGAGGUCGUACAACUGCACGCCGGUCAGCAGCCCCCGGCUGCCGCCCACCUACAUGCACGCCAUGUGGCAGGCGUGGGACCUCGCCGUGGACAUCUGCCUCUCUCAGCUGCCCACCAUCAUCGAGGAGGGCACCGCCUUCAGACACAGUCCGUUCUUUGCUGAGCAGCUGACGGCGUUUCAAGUGUGGCUGACGAUGGGCGUGGAGAACAGAAACCCUCCUGAGCAGCUGCCCAUCGUACUGCAGGUCCUCCUCAGUCAGGUCCAUCGACUGCGGGCCCUGGACCUGCUCGGGCGGUUUCUGGAUCUCGGUCCCUGGGCCGUCAGUCUGGCCCUGUCCGUGGGCAUCUUCCCGUACGUCCUGAAGCUGCUCCAGAGUUCGGCCAGAGAGCUUCGGCCGCUGCUGGUUUUCAUCUGGGCAAAGAUCCUCGCCGUGGACAGUUCGUGUCAAGCCGACCUGGUGAAGGACAACGGACACAAGUACUUCCUGUCGGUGUUGGCCGACAGCUACAUGCCCGCGGAGCAUCGGACCAUGGCCGUCUUCAUCCUGGCCGUCAUCGUCAACAGCUACAACACGGGACAGGAGGCCUGUCUGCAAGGCAACCUGAUAGCCAACUGCCUGGAGCAGCUGUCGGACCCCCACCCGCUGCUCCGCCAGUGGGUCGCCAUCUGCCUCGGCCGCAUCUGGCAGAACUUUGACCCGGCGCGCUGGUGUGGCGUCCGGGACAGCGCCCACGAGAAGCUGUACUCGCUGCUGUCGGACCCCAUCCCCGAGGUGAGGUGCGCCGCCGUCUUCGCCCUGGGGACGUUCGUGGGGAACUCGGGCGAGAGGACGGACCACUCCACCACCAUCGACCACAACGUGGUCAUGAUGCUGGCCCAGCUCAUCAACGACGGCAGCCCGGUGGUCCGCAAGGAGCUGGUGGUGGCUCUGAGUCACCUGGUGGUCCAGUACGAGAGCAACUUCUGCACCGUCGCCCUCCAGUUCAUCGAGGAGGAGAAGAACUACACGGUGCCGUCUCCAGCCAACGCCUCAGAACCCGGUAACCUGACCCCGGUGAGGGACGGGCCGCCCGCCCCGCGGCUCCGCUCGGUGAACUCCUACACCAACAUCCGGGCCGCCACCACGACCCGCAACCUGAACAAGAGCCUGCAGAACCUCAACCUGCACGAAGAGGGUGGCCCCGCCUCCUUCUCCCCCGGCAACCUGAGCACCAGCAGCAGCGCCAGCAGCACCCUGGGGAGCCCCGACAACGACGAGUACAUCCUGUCCUUCGAGACCGUGGACAAGAUGAGGAGGGUCUCCUCGUACUCGUCACUCAACUCCCUCAUCGGUGUGUCCUUCAACAGUGUGUACACUCAGAUCUGGAGGGUGCUGCUUCACCUCGCGGCCGACCCGUUCCCCGAGGUGUCGGAUCUGGCCAUGAAGGUCCUCAACAGCAUCGCCUACAAGGCCAUGAUGAACGCUCGUCCCCAGAGGAUCCUGGACCCCGGGUCCCUCACCCAGUCGGCCCCGGCCAGCCCGACCAGCAAGGGCACGCACAUCCACCAGGCCGGGGGCUCCCCCCCCAUGCCCAGCACCAGCAGCUCCAGCCUGACCCACGAGGGGCCCAAGCCCCCCUCCAGGGAGCCCCCGGCCCCGCGGCCCCCCUACACGCCCACGCUGGGGGGGCAGGCGCCGCACUCGCACCAGUUCCCACGCACACGCAAGAUGUUCGACAAGGGGCCCGAGCAGGCAGCUGAGGAUGGAGACGAGCCUGGUGGUGGUCACAGGAACUACAUCAGUCCGUCCCUCCAGACCGGUCUCUGUGACUGGAGCGCCAAGUACUUCGCUCAACCCGUCAUGAAGAUCCCAGAGGAGCACGACGUGGAGAGCCAGGUGAGGAUGGAGCGCCAGUGGAGAUUCUUGAGGAACACGAGAGUCAGAAAACAGAGCCGAGGAAUCACUCUGAAGGGUAUUUCCCGUCUGGACGAUCAGAUCUUCAUCAACCGGAACCCUGGAGUCCCGUCGGUGGUGAAGUUCCACCCCUUCAACACCUGCAUCGCCGUGGCCGACAAAGACAGCAUCUGCUUCUGGGACUGGGAGAAGGGUGAGAGGCUGGACUACUUCUACAACGGGAACCCUCGGUACACUCGCAUCACAGCCAUGGAGUACCUGAACGGACACGACUGCUCACUCCUGCUCACGGCAACAGACGACGGAGCGCUGCGUAUCUGGAAGAACUUUGCGGACCAGAAGAACCCGGAGAUGGUGACGGCGUGGCAGGGCCUCUCUGACAUGCUGCCCACCACCAGAGGGCACUCCCACAGCCUGGCCAGAAGGGUCUCCAUCUAUCUGGACCGGAGUAAGCAAGGAGGAGCCGGCAUGGUGGUGGACUGGGAGCAGGAGACGGGGCUCCUCAUGACGUCGGGAGACGUCCGGGUCGUGAGGAUCUGGGACAUCGACCGGGAGAUGAAGGUCCAGGACAUCCCCACCGGCGCUGACUCCUGUGUGACGAGUCUCUCUUGUGAUUCUCGUCGCUCGCUCGUCGUCGCCGGCCUCGGGGACGGGUCGGUGCGCGUGUUCGACCGGAGGAUGGGUCCCAACGAGUGCCGGGUCAUGACCUUCAGGGAGCACGGGGCCUGGGUGGUCAAAGCUCACAUCCAGAAGGAGCCGGACGGGCAGAUCAUCAGCGUGAGCGUGAACGGAGACGUUCGGUUCUUCGAGCCGCGGGCGCCGGACUCCGUCAACGUGCUGCAGACCGUGAAGGGGUUAACGGCGCUGGACAUCCACCCAGAGGCCCACCUGUUCGCCUGUGGCUCUAUGAACCAGUUCAUCGCGGUCUACAACUCCUGCGGUGACGUGAUCAGCAACAUAAAGUAUUACGACGGCUUCAUGGGGCAACGGAUCGGAGCCAUCAGCUGUUUGGCCUUCCACCCUCACUGGCCUCACCUGGCGGUCGGCAGUAACGACUACUACAUGUCCAUCUACUCGGCGGAGAAGAAGCUCAGAUAACAAUCCUCCACACUAAAGACCUUUAUGUACAUAUGCAGAUAUUACCACCCGGAAGACACAUAUAUAUACAUAUAUAUAUAUGUAUAUAUAUACAUAUAUAUAUUUGUGUUUAUCACCCUGAAUGUUCUAGUGAUGGCUGCUGAAAAAACUCAUGCUACGAACGACAAUAUAUAUAUAUAUAUAUGUAUCUAUAUAUAUGUAUACAUAUACAUAUGUAUACAUAUAUAUAUGUAUACAUAUGUAUACAUAUAUAAAUCUAAUAAUUAUUGUUCUCACAGUUAGUUCCUCUGAUGAUGUAAUGAUUGUAGACUUGGCUGUGCUGAGGCGUGUGUAUAUUUAAAUAGCGUAUACAGAAUAUUAGAGGUUCUAUUUUAAAGAUGUGGGACCCGCCCACCGGGCGACGGGGCUCCGCCUCCUCGCCGCUCAGCAAGCGUCUCUCCCUGAAUGACCCUGUGACCCCCCCCCCCCUCCCCCUGCAAGACUAGAGGCGGCGUUGGGUAACAACACCUCCACCUCCACCGGACCCCCGGCGUGUUGAACGGUUUUGAACGUCUCACAGCCAGAGGACUGAUGGACGUCUUUAGGGGCGGAGCCAGAGGUGGAGGACGGCGCUCACUCUCACGCCUUGACCACGCUGACCUGAUGAGUGUGUGUGUGUGUGCCCCUCAAUGGACCUUCUUCAGACUUAAUUGAUGCCCCAAACAAAGAUGGCUGCUCUCCUCCUCCUCCUCCUCCUCCAGCGUGCCAAACGUCUUCACAUGUUCCAAAAACGACCUUUUUGGUUUAGUUUGUUUAUUUUAUUAUGUUUAUUAUGUGUUGCCUGUAAAAGUGGAACCCCCCCCCCCCCCCCCAUGAGACUCAUGACGUCCUGCCGGCCCCCUGCUGGCCACCCGUGGUACCUGCUGCCCCCUGCUGCCCCCUGCUGGCCACCCGUGGUACCUGCUGCCCCCUGCUGCCCCCUGCUGGCCACCCGUGGUACCUGCUGCCCCCUGCUGGCCACCCGUGGUACCUGCUGCCCCCUGCUGGCCACCUGUGGUACCUACCCUGCAAAGCAAUAAAAACCUCCCCUGACGUUUCUGAUCAAAUGCUUCUAACAUCAAUCGCUUAACACUGAAACACCUCCAGCACCCAAAGGGCCACAACACGCACACACACACACACACGCACGCACACGCACACACACACACACAGUACUGCAUCUACACUUCCUGAACCUCCUCAGACUCUCGUGUGCCGCGUGACGGACUGGUGCUCACAUGUCGUGCUGCUGCUCUGAUUCAAAGAGAAGCUCCCGUUUGUUUGUUUGUUUGUGCAGCAUCACCAUCGACGUGCCUCUUCCUCUUCGGCGCUGCAGCGUUAGUUUAUUUUUUAAUCUUGUUUUUUCUUUUUUGUAAUUUUCUGUUUUUAAAUCGGCUGUCAUUCAUUUUUGCCUUCGCCUCAGUGAGGGUGGGGGCGGGGCCUCACAAGGACACGCCCCCUUUCAUCUCCAAGUUACCCAGCAGCCUCCUUUCCUUCCUCCCUCAUCCCUCUGACUCAGUCCAGAGCUUUUCCCAAAGGACGAGAACCAACUCCCUCCCGUCGCCACACGAGGGCGCCACUGAGCUCUGUUCGCCCUCUGCGCGGUCUGGCAGGCCUUCAACCGGCCUCAGAGUGGUUCUGUCUUGUCUCCUCAGAAUCACAUUCAUCUCCAAGCGUCACGCUUUUGAGUUUUAAGAUUUUAGAUCUGGAGAGAUUAAAAAAAACAACGAACUUUAACAAAGUAGAACAGGAACCAUGGAAACAAUCAGGCGUGUCUGACUGGUUUACGUCAGGAGAUCAAAUAAACCAAAUACAAUACUGA